UUUCCAACGGUCGACAAAGGAGAAACCCCAAUCCAAUCCUAAGAGGAAAAGGAAAAGGAUUAGGGUUAUUCGGGCUCACUCCAUUUCCGUUCUCUAUCACUCAUGGCGAAGCUCUAAAAAGGUCUCGCCUUUACUCUCUCUCUCUCUCUCUCUCUCUCUCUCUCUCUCUCUCAUCAACCCUAGUAAGAAGAAGAAGACGAAGCUUCAAGAGAGGUAGAGAAACCCUAGAUUUUGAUCUCCAUGGGUUGUUUCCUUGGAUGUUUCGGAGGGCCCAAGGAUCGAAAGCAUCGGCGAUCGCCGGAGGCGUCGCAACUCGGAGAUCCGAUUAAGCAACCAUCACUGAAGCAAAUCUCACUGCCUCUUUCGCCUGCGCUGUUUCCUCCGGAAGCCGCUCUCGUGCCGAUUCCGGAGCCUGAGCUGAGAGUGAUUAAUGAGCAGGGGAACUUGGGUAGCUCCAGGAGAAGGGUUGUGACUUUUGAUCUGAAUAUCACGACGUAUGAACCGGUCGCAAUCCACGAAGAGGAGAAUCAUCUAUCGGAAGAUGAUGAAGAGCUCGAAGCGAUAGAGAAAGUGGAGAAGCCGAAAAGUGAAGAGGUCAAUUUUACGCUGGAGUCCACGACUUACCCUUCGAAUCAUAGAUAUCAGAAUUGUGAAAGUGAUGAUGAUGCAAACGGAGAACACAGUGAGGAUGGAGGAGAUGAAGAGGAGGAUUACGAGGACUAUGACAUUGAUGAGGUGGAUGAUGGUGAUGGAUUAGGUAUCGUGGAAAAUGAGGAGUCGUAUGAAUCAUACUUUUCACGGCCAUCUGAUGACGAACUGCAAAUCACGCGAGAAGUCAACAGUCCUGCACCCAAGAGCAUGUGUUCUCCCGACAAGCAAUCUACCCUUUUGCUUAAACGCAAACCGCGGGACAGGAGCCAAUACGUGCAUCCCGUGUUGAACCCAGUGGAGAAUCUAUCCCAGUGGAAGCAAGUUAAGGUUCACACUAUUCCCGUAAGGAGUAUGGAUAAAGAGAAUAGAGAUUUGGUUCUUGAGAGCAAGAUACGUAUUAGCCCUAAUCCUUCGAGAAAACAGGAAGUCUCCGUGGACAGUAGCCUUUCAUCUUGGCUAGUUUCGUCAGGAAAAUCAACAGUUGAAAGGACAGUAAGAAACUCUGCUCAAACGCAUCCUUCAUUCAGUCGAGAAGAACGAGCAAUAUUGGGUUCUUCGACUGUUGAGUAUACGAAGAGAACACCAGCAACUUUGUCUUCGAGGUCUCCAAGCAGGAGCCCUGAUGAAAUCGCCAUCGUGGGUGCUGGCUCUGGCUAUUCUUUUUGUAGAUAUAAUUCUGAUGCCAAAGGGAUCCCAAAUACCACAAGCAAAUACAGAGAGGAUAAAGUAGUUAAUUGGCAUUCGACUCCCUUUGACGUAAAGUUGGAAAGAGCUCUUAACAAAACCAGUGCUUAAUCUUGCGUGUGUUGCUUCAGUUGUCGAAGAUAUUAUUGUGUGAGUUUCAUUACGUUGUGCUGAUAAAGCAUAUUCUUAUAUUACAUUUGUGAGUUUCAUUACGUUGUGUUGAUAAAGCAUAUACUUAUAUUACAUUUGUAUAAUAGAUUUACGAGUGCAAAUUCAGCUGUUCUUGGUC